UCCCCAUCGCAUCGAUUAGCAAGAUUCGCUUUUUCGCCGCGCCGCUUCGCCGCAAUCCGUACAUAACGACUCCCGUCGCUUUGCUUCCGUGUCACCCCGCGCACGUCGCGUCGCGCGAUUCCGUUGAUUUCAGUCGCCAAUGGCCGGGUCGUCAGGUCCCCCGGCCCCGGAGCCGUUUCCUGUCUUCCACGAUGACUUCUUCCAGCAGCCGACUCCCAUGAUCAGCCACGCACCGAUGCCGCCAGCACCGAAGCUCGCACGGCAGCCCCUCCAGAGCGCAGAUUCCAACGUCGUCCUCAGCCCGCCGGCGGUAGCCGGCGCGAAGCAGUCGCGCUCCCCCCUCAAGUCGAAGGCACGACCGCCUAACUCGUCCGUUGCUGCUCCCAGCGCGUCGCGGGGCAACAUGCUCAACAUGGUGCACAUGAUGCCCCCUACAGCCGUGCCGCCGUCGACAGACUCGCUCGAAAAGAAGCAGCCCGUUAUGUCCCGCUUCAAACCGGUCGCGAAAAAGCCUCAACCGGAGCUGGAUCUGCAAUUGAUGGGCAAGGAGAACUCCCAUCCGCCGAUAUACCCCGCGCCGACACAUUCGCAGUUCAACCUAGACCUCGAGACGUAUUAUCAGAAGCCUUCCGGAAAGCGCGGCCUGAUGGAAGCAGCCCCUAUCAAGGAGCUUAGACCGGCAAAGAAGCAGAAGACAGAGGAGACGCUGCCCCCUCCUGACUCGUUUCCCCCAAUCAUCGACGACGGGUCGAAGCCGAACCACAGCUAUGCGACUUUGAUCGCCAUGGCGAUUGUCCGGUCCCCGCAACGGCGACUGACCCUCUCCCAGAUCUACAAGUGGAUCACCGACACGUACGAGUACUACCGAGUAAAGGCGGACACGGGAUGGCAGAACAGCAUACGUCACAACCUCAGCCUGAACAAGUAUUUCGUCAAGCAGGAGCGCCCCAAGGACGAUCCUGGCAAGGGCAACUACUGGAUCAUUGAGCCGGGCGCGGAGCAGUCGGUGCUCAAGGAGAAACCGUCGAGGAAGGCCGAGGUGUCGACGGCCGAAAACAUGCCCGUCAUGUCCACACGACUCGAACCGUCGCAGCCGCAGCCGCAUUCGCAGCCGAAAUCGCAGCCGCUACGCACGUCUGAGCCGAUGCUGCCUCCUCAUCCACCCGUACCUCAGAGCAUUCUCCCCGCGCUGCCCCCGCAGCCGGCCCAACAGCUAGCUCCUGCGCCGCCGCUGCCCGAGAUCUCGUCCGACGCGACGAUUCCCGCGUCCGAUGCGGCCACGAUUGAUGAGGCGGUCGACAGGGCGCCCGAGAAAGAAUUGCUUCUCGAACCCGAGCUGUACUCGCCUCUCCCCGCGGCCAUGCAUUCGUCGCCUCCAAUCCCCAGGCGCAUGGAGGCGCGCCACAAUGGCACUCCCCCCUCUCACCAGCGCUUACAGCCGUCGUCGGGCACCAAGUCCCGCCACAGGCGCAGGUUCAUGUCGAUGGAUGACAGCGGCUACAUUUCGUCUCUCGAAUCCUCUGCCAUGCGUCCCCACCAGCAUGCCAAGCUCCUCACCUCCGAGGCCGACCGACCGCGCAUUAAGAGGGGCCGUGCCGAGGAAGAAAUCGCUCGUCUCCGCGCGUCUUCAUACGAUAGCCCUUCCAAGGGGCGUUCGUACGGCUACCCUCCACCUUCGUCGUCACCCAUCCGCCAGAUGACAGGCAAUGGAGCCGGACAGAUGCUUCCGCCCCUAACUCCUGCGAUGAAAUUGAAGGCGCCGCCGAAGCCACCGCCGUCUGUCUCGCCCGGCACGAAUCUGCGGCUGCACCGGGAGAACAUCCAGUCCCUGGUUGAUUCUCCCGUCCGGCGCCUGUCCGAAUUGCUACCUGCAACUGACUGCGCUGUCCAGCAAACGCCUGGCUUUGACGCCGACCACGUGUGGUACGACAUCCAGCAAGCGAGCCAGAACAACGCAAGCUUUGAUAUCUUCGAGGACGCCCCCGACUUCCAGUCCAUCUUUGCAUCGACCCCCACAGCUCCGUCCAUGGGCUCGCCAGUCAAGCGAUCGUCGAGGAAACAACGUCUGGAACGGUCGCAGUCCACCAGUGCGCUAAACAAGAUCACGAACUCGGCUCACAGCACUUCCAAGUCCGCAUCGUCCCUCAAGGUCCCCAACCAGGCGCCUAGCCUGCUCCUGGACACACCAAGCAAGGUCCUCGAUGGACUGCCGUCGUCGCCCAGCAAGAUCUUCCUCGAUCUGCAGUCGCCGACCAAGAUGCCUCUGACCAACGACGAGAACCUGAAUGCUUUCCCUGGCGUGGGUCUGGACGUUCUGGAUACGCCCGACUUCCUCGACGAGAACGACUUCUCUGGCUUCGAUAUGCUGGCCGGCUUCGAAAAGAUAGGCUCGAACAACGCGCAGACGUCGCGGAGGGCCGCGAAGGCGUCACCGCAAGAGACUCCUAACCGCCCUUAUUCGACUGCUUUCUAAGUCGGACUUUCUGCCCUCAACCAACCCCUCGGCUCGGCGCCCUGGUCUUUCCGGCAUAUGUCCCGCCCUGCAUUAUCGUCCCGAUUCGUUUGUAUUCGAAUGAUGCUCACGACCUCUUACGAUUGACGAAGAUCGACCGUACUUUGGUACCAUCCGCCGGGCCGGCUCUCUCUCUCU